AUGUCUCUUACAAAUAUUUAUCUUGAUACAAGUCGUUUACCAGAUGACAUAUUAUCGUAUACGGAUCAACGUUUUUAUGAUUUUGUUGAAUCUUUUCUUGGUAAAUUACAUUCUCGUUUACUUGCACAACUGCAUAUUAGUAGCGUGCCGUGCUUUUUGUUAACAGAAAAUCCAUGUGCUAUUUUCAAUAUGGAUAUUGACGAUGAAAUUUUAGAAAAAUUAAGUAAAGAAAUAUGUGUAAAAUUGAAAAAUAAUCAAUUUAUAGUGAAACCUGGUAUCGAAAAUAGCUUUAAAUGUUUGAAACAAUUAUUAUCAAAAAAAACUGAAGAAAAAUUGAAAAAAAAGCGUAAAGGACAACAACGAUCGACAAAUCUUGGCAACACCAUUUCUACACAAUCAUCUUCAUUCUCAUCUGCAUCAAUAUCUUUGUCACAACCAUUAUCAGCAACAAAUUCACUUUCAUUAUUAACAUUAGAUGAACAUCGACAAUAUUUGUUAAACUUGAUUCAACAAUGGUGUAUUGAUAAUAAAUCAAGUCUUCAACUUAACCAACUCGAAUUAAAAGAAGGUGUUGAUUUUACUUUUUUUUUUUUAACUGUAAAUGAUGGUUUAGAAGCUACUGUUGAAUGUAAAUGUGGAUCUAAAAUAAGUUUAGGAAAAAAUCUUGAUAAAAUUCAACUAUCAAAUUUUUACAAACAUUUAAAAGAUACGAAAUGUUCAAAUAUCAUGGCAUUAAAAAAGAAAGAGGAAAAACAUAUCCAACAAUCGGUAAUGAAUCCAACAACAACACCAUCUAAAGUAACAGACGAUUUAAUAACAACAGUUUCUUCACAUCGUCUGACUUCAUCAACAUCAUCACCUGGUGAUAAAAAACGACGUAUAUCUCAAGGUUCACAAGAGAAACAAAAAAAGAAGAAAGAAUGA